AGUCAGAGGGUGCGUCGGAUAUUUCGGGACACACCGGGGGCCGGGCGGUGCCGCCGGGCCCAGGGGGUGGUCUCAUCAGCUUGAAGAUGGCAACUGUGAUCUCUGUUGGUGCAGACAAUGUUGCUCCUGAGAGCCAGCUGCUGAUCUCUCCAGGGUCUUCAAAAGGAAAGAGCACACGCUCUGGAGGAGUAGUUUGCACUCCACUUCAUAAAAAAGCAUUCUCACCUGCAGCCAUGACUUGCUCUAGGAGAAAGGCUCUUGGUAAAAAAGCAAUCACUACAUCUGCAGCCAUGUCUCACUCUGGGGGAAAGGCUCUUGGUAAAAAAGUAAACACUGUACCUGAAGGCACAUAUCAGCCUUUGAGAAGGGCUCUUGGAAAGGUGAAUACAACUACAGGAGUCACGAGCAAGAUGCCUGAGGUAAAGCAGGAAAAUCAGCCCCAGAUGAAGCAGGGAAAUCAGUCUGAGAAAAAGCAGGGAAAUCAGUCUGAGAAAAAGCAGGGAAAUCAGCCCCAGAUGAAGCAGGAAAAUCAGCCCCAGAUGAAGCAGGAAAAUCAGCCCCAGAUGAAGCAGGAAAAUCAGCCUCGCACUGCAAACAAAACUGAUGAAAAGACUGAAUUAGACAGCUGGACUUCAGAGUCUGAGGAAGAUUUGGUAGAGUGUAAAGAAGAAGACUGGGCUGAGUCUCAAGAAGAUUGGCCAGAAGUAGAAAAUAUGUUUCAUUUUGAUCCUCAAGACUUUGAGGUCUUUGAUGUUCCUGAGGAGUGCAAACUAAGCAAUCUGGACCUGCAUGGUGUUCCCCUCAUGGUAUAUCCAAGGACAUACCACAGAUGUGUAGAGGAGGAGCCAACACCUCUUCCCACUCCAGAGCUGUCCUUUACACCCAGCUUGCUGCAAGCACAUUUUGACUUCAUUGCUAGCCUGGAAAAACUACACUUCCCUGAGCUGCCACCAUUUCCAGCUGACUUUUAUGAGGAGCAGGAAUGUUGUAACAGGUUUUAAAUUUCAUGUAGUUCUGUAUUUUAAUAAAGGCUAAUCUAACAUGCA